UCGCAAUGCCGCUUCUAGGGCUCAGGCGACGCUGAUACAGUAUACGAGGGAAAAAAGCUUGGUCUGUGUUGAGCUAUAUCGCACAGUAGCUGUUAUCUCGCUUCAGAGGAGGGGAGCGACGCUCCAAUUCGAUGGCUGGCAGGCAAAUGUUCCUGACGAUGCCAGUCCGAGCGCCCUAUACAACAUGAAAUUGAAAACAGUGGACGACAAGGAAUGCUCCUUGUUGGGGCUCCUAGGAUCCCACGUCAGCUCUCUGAGCUCGUUCAGGUCGUUUCUUCACAAGGGCGGUGACGUGUUUGUGGGUAACUACUUGGAGGAGAAGGAGAAGCGCGCCCCAGCAGCUCAGCUCCUCUUUGUUAGUUACCUUGUAGAGCUGACAAGGCCUAAGGGCCACGAGAUAGGCGCUGUAGGCGACUAUUUCUGGUUGCAGAAGCCCUGGCUCAAGAAGAAGAAGGACCUGGAGGGUGUGCUCGCAGCAGGCAGCGACACAGCUCAGGCUGCCAGUAGUGUCCAGACCAGACGCUUCACUCCCACGGUUUCACUGGCGCUUCGGGCGCAAACAUUGGGUGGUGCAUCCAGCAGCAUGCAUGGCGCAGCAACUGCACCCUCCUCGCAAACAACACCUUGCCCAGUCUGCAUGCAGCAGCAAACUCACAGCAAUGCACGAGCCCAGCCCACCAGGACGCGCCUACCUCCGCCGUUGGGACCGACUGGAGGUCUGGAAACAUGUGCCAUGGCACGGUCGACGUGGCUACGGGUACUACACUCUCAAAUGGGGUAAUGCUGGAGGCCUCCCUUCGCGCUGCCGAGCCGGGCGGCAGCGGAACCAAACGGAGCGGCGCCGACCACAGGUCCCCC